UGCGUGGUGCGGAGCUUUGUGAUGCUGGGCUUCGUGAUGCACGCCCUGAUGCGUGCGGGGCUAUAAAAACGCUCGCAAGCGUCAAGUCUCCUCAGGAGCCGCCGGCGAGGGGGCAACGAGGAAGCUCAUAAGAGCGCGGCCGGAAAGCAGACAUCCUGCCAAAAUGAUUUCUUCAAAGCCCAGACUUGUCGUACCCUAUGGCCUCAAGACUCUGCUCGAGGGAAUUAGCAGAGCCGUUCUCAAAACCAACCCAUCAAACAUCAAUCAGUUUACAGCAGCUUAUUUUCAAGAACUUACUAUGUAUAGAGGGAAUACUACUAUGGAUAUAAAAGAUCUGGUUAAACAAUUUCAUCAGAUUAAAGUAGAGAAAUGGUCAGAAGGAACGACACCACAGAAGAAAUUAGAAUGUUUAAAAGAACCAGGAAAAACAUCUGUAGAAUCUAAAGUACCUACCCAGAUGGAAAAAUCUACAGACACAGACGAGGACAAUGUAACCAGAACAGAAUAUAGUGACAAAACCACCCAGUUUCCAUCAGUUUAUGCUGUGCCAGGCACUGAGCAAAUGGAAGCAGUUGGUGAUCUUUCUUCCAAACCAGCCACCCCUAAGACUACUACUACCCCACCCUCAUCACCACCUCCAACAGCUGUCUCACCAGAGUUUGCCUACGUCCCAGCUGACCCAGCUCAGCUUGCUGCUCAGAUGUUAGCAAUGGCAACAAGUGAACGAGGACAACCACCACCAUAUUCUAACAUGUGGACCCUUUAUUGUCUAACUGAUAAGAAUCAACAAGGUCACCCAUCACCGCCACCUGCACCUGGGCCUUUUCCCCAAGCAACCCUCUAUUUACCUAAUCCUAAGGAUCCACAGUUUCAGCAGCAUCCACCAAAAGUCACUUUUCCAACUUAUGUGAUGGGCGACACCAAGAAGACCAGUGCCCCACCUUUUAUCUUAGUAGGCUCAAAUGUUCAGGAAGCACAGGGAUGGAAACCUCUUCCUGGACAUGCUGUUGUUUCACAGUCAGAUGUCUUGAGAUAUGUUGCAAUGCAAGUGCCCAUUGCUGUUCCUGCAGAUGAGAAAUACCAGAAACAUACCCUAAGUCCCCAGAAUGCUAAUCCUCCAAGUGGACAAGAUGUCCCCAGGCCAAAAAGCCCUGUUUUCCUUUCUGUUGCUUUCCCAGUAGAAGAUGUAGCUAAAAAAAGUUCAGGAUCUGGUGACAAAUGUGCUCCCUUUGGAAGUUACGGUAUUGCUGGGGAGGUAACCGUGACUACUGCUCACAAACUUCGCAAAGCAGAAACUGAAAACUGGUAGGUACACUUUCCUACCAUAAUAUUUAGGCCUUAACACACGCGCGUUUUAAGCAUUUUGAUUUCUUGACCUGGAGAUUUAGAUAUUUAAAAACAAUUUGAGAUAAUAAGUUGGGGUAUACUCUAACUUCCUGGGGUUACUGUCUCCAACUUCCUAACCACCAGUUACUAAUAAAUGCACAGCAGGUGCACUGUACCACAAUGACUCAUGCCAAGGAUUUGACGCCCGAUACAUGAAACUAAUGAACUCAGUCGCCUUUGAAUACCUAGUCCAUUGUCUAACACACUGGUAGAUGCGAAAAGGGGAUGGAUUUUUAAAACAGGACAAUUUAGUUGGCAUGUGCAUGUUUAGGGAGUAGGGAGGAGCUGGGAACAACUGAAGAGCAAGGUAAGAGAGAAAGUCUCGAUUAUGUAACGGAGCACUUAAUCCACGUGGUAAGAGGCAGUAGAUGGAGAGGUGAGAGGCAAGUAAAGAGCUAAACAGCAGCUGAGAUUAACUGUGGAUGAGACAGUUUGAUCACUCACAAAUCAUUUUUUAAUUUUUCAUUCAUACUUAAUGCCAAACCUUAUGCUAGCCCUCCUCUCCUAUGUGUGGACAGUAGAGUGAGCAAAAACAUGGGACCUACAUCUUAGUUGGGGAGACAGACAAAAAAGUGUAUUACAACAUGUAAAGUAUUAUGGAGAAAACAAGGUACUGACACAGGCCUACCUUUAAUUGUCACUAUCAGGUAGGGUGUUCAGGCUCAGAUGUAAACUGACACCUGAGUAUGAGAAGAAGCCAGCUUUGCAGGGUGCGCCCAGGCUGUGUCCUAGGGCAGAAAAGAACACGGGGGUUCCAGAGACAGCAAAGUAGGCCACAGUGAGACUGGCUGGGGGAAAAUGGGGAGAUUAUAUAAAAUGAAGAAAGAAAGAUUUUGAUUGAAAAGUUCAAUGGGAAGCCAGCACAAGUGUUUUAAGCAGAAGAAUGACUGAUUGCUGUUUCUAUUAGAUCACUCAGGCUAUGUGGAAAACAGAUUAGCAGUAAGGGGGAGGUCAACAGAGGAAGCAGGGAGAUGAGUUGAAAGUACAGAAGUGUUAUACACCAAUUAGUUACUUAAAAUAAUUAGUGGGAAUUUUAAGUUGAACAUCUGAGAGAUUGACAAAAGCUAGAUUUCAUUCAUAAGCAGGCUCAAGGACCAGUUACUAUAUUUAAGGAAAGACAAAAUUAUCUUAGGGCUACGUGUACUUCUUCAAACUCUUUAUGGACUUCUAGUGGAAUUGCCAAAAUGGCUGUUUUCAGCAUGAAAUUGCUGGGAUAUUUCAGUGCAAAAGCCCAUAGGUAACUAGUUAAGCUUAGUAACAGAGCAGGAGGGUAGACCUUGCAUUUCUGAUCUUCUACUCAUUUCACAUGUUCGGUUUCAUGUUUAACUUUAAACAAUUCAGUGUUUGUUUGCAUUAUUCCUAACAGAUCCAGAAAUGACGCUGUCUGGGUCAACAUUUCAGGGAGGAGUCUGCCACCAGUGUAAUGUAUCAAUAAACUUCAUGCAAGCAUA